AUGUCAGCUCCAUCUGUCCCUAGCAAGCCUCAACAUUCGCGCCAUGAUACUGCGCUGAUCCACGGUCUGUCGACCUCGGAGGUUCAGGCCUUGUCCGAGGCUUGUAUUGAAGCCAAGGAGAGAGCUUACUGCCCAUACUCCAAAUUCAGAGUCGGAGCCUCUCUGCUCCUGAAAUCAGGCCAAAUUGUCCGCGGUGCAAAUGUCGAAAACGCAGCUUAUCCUGUUGGCACUUGCGCCGAACGCACUGCCCUUGGCACAGCAGUCGUGGAAGGUGCACGACGAGGAGAUAUCCGUGCUUUGGCUGUUGCUACAGAUAUCUCACCGCCAGCCAGCCCUUGCGGCAUGUGCAGACAGUACAUCAGAGAGUUCUGCGAGCCUUCGAUGCCAAUCUUGAUGUAUGACAAGGAUGGCAAGUCGACGGUGCUCACAUUGGAGCAGCUGUUGCCCAUGAGCUUCGGACCUGAGAGUUUGCCUAUGCACUGA